CACACACACCCAUGUAACACCUAUAGUUCUGCGUAACCAUUUGUUUACAUUCAACUUUAGUGAGUUUGUAUGUUGUGCUAGCAUAGCGAACUGCAUUCAUGUUCUCUUAGACACUGAAUUUGCUAUAAAUCUGUUGACUUCAAUGUGAAAUAGUGAAGUUACGAGUGACAGUGAAAUAAAACACAAUGGGUGUACCAAUGUUGAAGAACUGUUGCUUUUGCGCGAGUUUACACACAGGAAUGCUCAUUAUAGCAUAUUUGUAUUCAGUAUGGGCUCUAGUAGAGCUGACAGGGUACUGUCUAAUAGUGACGUUUCGUCCGCUGGAGUCGGUUCGCGGCGACGGCGGGCUGCCCAUGAGCAAGUACGUCACGUUCGUGGUGUCGGCGGGCGUGACGGGAGUGCAUCUGCUGUGCUCUCUGCUGCUCAUACUAGCGGCAUACAAGAAGCUGUCAUACCUCACGCUGCCAUGGACAAUAGUGACGGGCCUCCUGACGGCGAUGUACUUCGUGCUGUGUCUGACCGGCAUCAGCCUCGUGCUGCAGGACUCAGGGGAGCAGCUCGGCUUCGAGGCCGUCUUCAUCUGCGUGCAGUUCAUCAGGAUCUGCAUCUCCGUGUACUGCAUCAUGGUGGUGCACAGCCGGCACAAGCAGAUCAUGGCGGAGGAGGACGAGGCGCGUUUCCAACACUCCGGCAGGAUCAACAACGGGAAGAAUGAAGACUACCCGCUCAUACGAAUAUAAAACUAGAUACUAAAUCCAAUGCCCUAAUUUAUUUAUUUUAGACUUAAUUGUGUAAGCGUUUGCGACUUUGACUGCGUAGUUGUUAAACGUGGGGAAGUUUAAUAACUACGCAGGGGGGGGGAGCAGUCCGAGAGAAAAUGCACGACAAACUACACUAAU